GAAUCGAGAUGCACAUCACACUUCCAUCGCUUAAAGCAAGCGACCACUACGCUGCAGUGACAUGGUAUCAUCCAAAGCCCCAACUUCCCGGUGAAAUUGGUUAGUGGGGUGUGCAUUGGUCCAUUGCUUUCCCUAUAAAUACCACUCGCACAAUGGCAGUUCGGCUUCGGCACUCGCCGGACACAUCCACUGGGCGGUUCUUCUUUUCCUUGUACUUUGGAGGCCACCUCUCUCUCUCUCUCUCUCUCUCUCUCUCUCUCUCUCAUGGGGAGGAUAAAGAGUGGGCGACGCGUGACACUGCCGCUGCUUCUCCUCCUUGGAGUGGCGCUGCAAGGAUGCACUGCGCAGGGCGGAGGAGGGCUCACGCGGGGGAGCUUCCCCAAGGGAUUUGUGUUCGGCACCGCCUCCGCCGCAUACCAGUACGAGGGAGCCGUGAAGGUGGAUGGGAGAGGACAAACCAUCUGGGACACGUUUGCACACACUUUCGGCAAGAUCAUCGACUUCAGCAAUGCUGAUGUCGCAGUCGAUCAGUACCACCGUUUUGAGGAGGAUAUACAGCUCAUGGCAGACAUGGGGAUGGACGCGUAUCGGUUUUCGAUUGCCUGGUCGAGGAUUUUGCCAAAUGGUACUGGUCAAGUCAAUCAGGCUGGCAUCGACCACUACAACAAAUUGAUUGAUGCACUACUAUCGAAAGGAAUUCAGCCAUAUGUCACCCUCUACCACUGGGACCUCCCCCAGGCCCUGGAGGACAGGUAUAACGGAUGGCUUGACAGGCAGAUAGUUAACGAUUUCUCCGCAUAUGCCGAGACAUGCUUCAAGGCAUUCGGAGAGCGUGUGAAGCACUGGAUCACGCUCAACGAGCCGCACACAGUUGCCAUUCAGGGCUACGACGCCGGGCUGCAGGCACCAGGGCGAUGUUCUGUGCUGCUCCAUCUGUACUGCAAGUCAGGGAAUUCAGGCACCGAGCCCUACAUUGUCGCCCACAACCUCAUCCUAGCUCAUGCCAUGGCUUCAGACAUUUACAGGAGGAGAUACAAGGCGACUCAGGGUGGCCAACUUGGGAUUGCAUUUGACGUCAUGUGGUUCGAACCGAUGACGAAUAGUACAAUUGACAUUGAAGCUGCCAAAAGAGCACAAGAGUUUCAGCUAGGAUGGUUCGCGGAUCCGUUCUUCUUUGGCGAUUACCCGGCGACAAUGAGGACGCGGGUUGCAGACAGGCUGCCCAAGUUCACAGCAGAUGAGGCUGCCCUUGUCAAGGGGGCACUGGACUUUGUGGGCAUAAACCACUACACCACUUACUACACCAGGCAUAACAACAACAGCAUCAUCGGAAAACUACUGAAUGACACCUUGGCAGACACCGGAACCAUCAGCCUUCCCUUCGACAAGAAUGGGAAACCGAUUGGAGAUAGGGCCAAUUCGAUAUGGCUGUACAUCGUACCCAGCGGGAUGAGGAGCCUGAUGAACUACGUCAAGGAGAGGUACAACAGCCCGCCGGUUUACAUCACUGAAAACGGGAUGGAUGACAGCAACAACGCCUUCAUCUCCAUCAAGGACGCCCUCAAGGACAGCAAGAGGAUCAAGUACCACAACGACUACCUCACCAACCUCGCUGCCUCCAUAAAGGAGGACGGGUGCGACGUGCGUGGGUACUUCGCGUGGUCUCUGCUGGACAACUGGGAGUGGGCGGCCGGAUACUCCUCGAGAUUCGGGCUCCACUUCGUGGACUACAAGAACAAUCUCAAGAGAUACCCCAAGAACUCGGUGCAGUGGUUCAAGACCCUGCUGAGCUCCAGCUGAAGGCGGCACAUAUCAUGCUUGGCCUGGCCAUCUGAUAUCAUAUGUAUUCAGCUGUUGUGUUCUGCCCAAGCACAUAGGAUAAUGCGCGUCAAGCUUCACUGUACACGUUGGGAACGGUCUGUGGUCAGCCUGUAAUCCUGAUUCCUGAUACGAUACACACGCAUACAGAUAAGACCGCAAAAGAUGACUCGAUGAACGUGCAAACAGCCUAGCCUUUCCGGC